AGCAACUGGCAUCCUCUCGUCACCUCCCACUGCCUCUCUUCGGUGUCAGGCAGCUGCCCUCAUCCCGCCCUGCCCAAAACCACCCACCUCCCCGUCUCGUGGGACCCAGACGAGCACCUGCCUCCCUCCCCCAGCCCCUCCCGCCUACUCUCUCCUGGACAGUGCACCUGCUCUCUGCCCCGCUCCCCAAAACCCUGGGCUUCUGGUCAGCGGGCUCGUUGAUCUAUUUAGCUGGCUAAUACCCAUCUGCUAUGCCCACCCCAAGCAAGAGAGGAAGCACCUGAGAGCAGGGCCUAUUCUGUCCAUCACCCAGUCCCCAGGGCACCAGCACCUUGUACUGAGCCUGUUCUCAGUAAAUAUUGAGUGGCUGCAUGGAUGAAUGGACCCUGGUUUCCUCCUACCCAGGUUUCCUGCAGGGAAAAUAAUUCAAAAACACCCACCUCAAGUGAUAACCCACUGUAGGACUCCACCUGCUUAAGAGCUGGGGUCCCAUGGAUAGAAGGACAGAUAUGUGACAAAGCAAAAAGAGUGAACUGUCAAUGGUAGCAUCUAGGUAGUGGGAAUAUAGGUGUUCCCUGUAAAAGUGUUUCAUUUUUUUUCUGAAUGUUUGAAAAUUUUUCAUAAUAAAACAUAGGGGGCAAAUAUUUGAGGGCCCCUCUGUGGUCUGGGAGGGGAGCAGAGAGGAUGUUGUAUUAAAAAAAGUGGUGAGCACUUUUCCAGGCACUGGGUUUUGGCAAGCAUUGCUCAGCUAGUCCACAUUUGUAUGGCUGUGCCGGUUGCUAAAAUCUGAAAUACUUCCCCACCACUUGGUAAAAUUUGGCUGUCAUUUGGAGUCCUCCCCCAUCCCCCUGAAGACACACUAGUCUCUCUCCUGGGAAGCCCAGAUCUCCCUACCAUCUAAUGACUAAAGAAUUAACACAUGGCACAGCGAGGGGUCCAUUCUGGUCGGUCAGGGUCUCUGCCACACUGGUUAAUAUUUUGAAUAGCACCUCUGGGCUGGAGCCGCCUUGAGCCUUAUCUUCCUCCCUGCCAGAGGCCAGACCAUGAUUUGCUGGCCUCCCGCAUCCUGAGGAUGGCCCAGUUGGAAGACAAGGUCUCUGCAGGCCCCACUGAUGGGGACAGAGGACAUGGGGGGUGUGGCAGAUCCCAGAGCUGCAUGGCCAGGAUGCAGAAGCCCUUCUAGAGCUGUGGCCACCAGGGAGUUUCCUGGUCACAGGACAUGACCCUAACCAGGUCCUGGUGUUGAGGACUGGACCUUCACCAGGGGAAGUCAGUGCCUACCAGAUCCAGAAGCUUCCUGGAGGUGUGUCUCUGGAAUCCUCUAACAUUUGCAUGCCGGACCUGCUCCAUCUCCUGGCCUUCCUAUCGGCCAGCAGGGAUGUUUUGCCCAGAACGCUGCUCUUGCCUCCUCCCACUCUAGGGCCUGGAGACCAACACACAGUUCCUCUGCAGAUUGGCAGCAUCCACCUCAGCACCUCAGGGAGGGUACUUUCCGUGGUGAACAAGCUCCACCUGGAGAUCCACAGAGGGAGGCAAAUGGAGCAGAACCUCCCAGAGGCACCUUCAGAGACGGCAGAAAGACAUGGUCCAGCCCCCAGGAACCCCUCACCUCACCGGGUCUCCUGGGUGGAAGGCCCACUCAGCCCAGAAGUACACCAUCCUGGGCCAGCUUUGCCCAUCCUAGUAGAGGAGGAGGAGGAGGACGGGAUGGAGGAGGAAGAUGACCACUACAAAGAUGAGAAGAAAGGCCCUGAAGAUGUGCUCACCAGUCACAUCCGGGCUCUGGCCAGGGCCCGGAGUAGCUACGUGGCCAAGCAGUUCCGGGGCCUUCGGGCACGUCUCACCUCAGGUGCUAGGGGUCCCCAUCGGCCUGGGGACCCCGCCACAGAGCUGCUUCAGGAUGUGCGGCACCUGCUCACCGACCUCCAGGAUCACUUAGCAAAGGACCCCAAUGUCAGGGCCGUCUUUGGGAGCAGGCAGCCUGGGAAGGAUGAGGAUCUUGGCCCCGCGGUGGAGGCAGCCUUGUGCCAGGCGGUGCUGGCGCCGCUGAAGCCUGCCCUGUGGAGGCGACUCCGCACGCUCAGAGCCCCUGAGCUGCAACGACUUCAGCAGCGACAAAUAGCCCUCCGAGGGGAGGCAGGGCCUGAGGGGCCGCGUCCCGCCCCCGCCUUGCGGAGCCGCAUCCACGCGCGCCUGGCGCACCUCCACGCCGCCUGCGCCCCACGCCGCAAGGUGGCGCUACUGCUGGCGAUGUGCCAUGACGUCUAUGCGGGCCUGGCUGUCGGCGAAAACCAAGAACCCCUGGGGGCCGACGCCUUUCUGCCAGCGCUGACGGAGGAACUCAUCUGGAGUCCCCACAUUGGGGAGACGCAGCUGGAUGUGGAGUUUCUUAUGGAGCUCUUGGAUCCGGACGACCUACGGGGAGAAGCCGGGUACUACGUGACCACGUGGUUUGGGGCGCUGUAUCACAUUGCCCACUACCAGCCGGACGCAGGCCGUGCACCUCAGGGGCUCAGCUCUGAGGCUCGUGCCUCCCUGCGCCAGUGGCACCGCAGGCGGACGCUGCACGGGCAGGGCCAACCCAGAGCCCAGGAUGAUCUGCCCUUUAAGGAACCAUGGGCAAAAGAGACCAUGCCCAGAGACCAAUGAUGAUUAGGGGCUUCAAACCUUUCUGCUCCUCAAGCAAGAUGCAGGAGGCACCUGGGACAGCACUGACUUCUGACCCUUGUGAUUUAAGGGCAGCAAAGUAGAGGGGUUUCCAGAGAAAGGGACCAAGCCCACUUCAGGGCCUUUGCACUGGCUGCUCCUGCUUCUUGGAAUGCCCUUUCCUAAUACCCACACUGCCCCUUUGAAUCUUUAGGCAGAAGUCACCUUCUCUAUGAGGCUCUCCCCUGACACCUGUGCCUAAAACUGCAACUCCUCUUGCUUGACUCUCCCUGUGGUAGGCAGAAUAAUGCCCUCCCCCUCCAGAUGUCCACCUCCUGAUGCCCAGAGUUCAUGAAUAUGUUACCUUCAUGGUAAAAGGGACUCUACAGAUGUGAUCAAAUUGAGGAUCUUGAAAUGGGGAGAUUAUAUUCUUGAUUCAGGUGGGCCCAGUGUCAUUACAAGGGUCCUUCUAGGAGUGUCAGAGGCAGAGGAAGAGGUUGAUGACGCAGCAGAAGUCAGGGUGAUGUGUUCUGUAGCCAGAGAAUGCAGACACCCUCUAGAAGCAGAACACAAGGGAUGAAUUUUGCCUUAGAACCUCCCUUGAUUUUGGGCCCCAGGAGUUCAGCCUUUGAUUUUAGGCCACCAAGAGCUAUUUUGGACUUCUGACCUUUAAAACUACAAGAUAAUAAAUUUGUGUCUUUUU